GUUUCAAAGGUCAUUUUGUGGAGUCUGACCGUCAGUUCGCACAGCAAGACGUGAUCUAUACAUUGACCUCUUGAUUGAAUUUAAAGGAUUAUAGCAGGCCUAUAGUUUGUGCAAGUAACGACUUCAUUUGUUUUGUUGCUCCGGACGAAUUUAUCUAUUGUCUCUUAGGCUUUGCAGUUUCUCAAACGAGAAAAACAUCAGCAUGGAGAUACCUAUCGUAGAUUUCAGUGUCUAUGAACGUGUAAAUACGCAUGUAUCAGACGACAAAUUAAAAAAGCUCGGGGAAGAACUGAGAGCGGCAUUUACUAAUGUGGGAUUUGUUUAUCUAAAAAACACAGGGAUACAUCAAGAAGAGGUGGACAAAGUCAUGAGUGUUUCCAAAAAGUUCUUUAGUUUGCCGGAAUGUAAGAAGGCACCUUUCAGCAGGGGCAGUUUGUCCUGUAAUGGAAAUCACGGCUGGGUUUCAUUAAAAACGGAAAGUCUGAAUCCUCGGCGUCCUGGUGAUUUGAAGGAGGCAUUUAAUACAGCAUCACUGAGUGCGGAUAUUAAUUGGCCCUCUGAAGGAGUUGAGGAUUUUCGAGAUAUCCAGGUAUCAUUUUUCCUGCGCUGUAAGGAUCUUUCUCUCAUGGUGCUGAGAGUGAUGGCUCUUGGAUUAGAUCUGGAUGCAAAUGUCUUCCUCAAAGCACAUAAGCAUAUUGGAACUGAUGUGAAUGGAACCACUUUGCGGACUUUAUACUACCCUCCAGUGAAGAGCGAAUGUGUGACACAAGAUCAGGUGCGCUGUGGUGAACACUCGGACUAUGGCAGUAUCACUCUUGUCUUCCAAAGUCCAGAGGGUGGACUGCAGGUUCUCAGUCGGACUGGAGAGUACAUUUCAGCCCCAGCCAUUCCUGGAACAGUUUUAAUUAACAUAGCAGAUCUGAUGCAAAGGUGGACCAGCGACAUUUAUGUGUCCGCUGUGCACAGGGUGUUGCUGCCCCCUGAAGGCGACUCCAAUACACGUCAGUCUUUGGCAUUCUUUGUUCAGCCUGAUGAUGAGGCCAUUAUUACUUGCUGCGAUGGGUCAGACAAAUAUCCUCCUGUUAAUUCACUUGAUUACCUUUUGUCGCGGUUCAAAGACUCUUAUGGGAAAAAGUCUGUUGUGUCAUGAUAUGUUUAAAUUGAUAUCAUUUAUGAUCAGUAUGUUAAAAAGUUAUUAAACAGUAGUAAUAGCCAGAGCAUAAAAUCAUUGAAG